AUGGAAAGACGGAUGUUUACUCGGCCCUCGGUGGAUUGGAGGAUGUUAGAUUCUGUGGGCUCAUGGAGUAUUCCUGUUGUUGACUUUUCUAUGGGGGAUCAUGUUUCCCUUCCACGUUAUCAACGGUGUUGUCGGAGAGGGGCUGUUUUAAAGAAUUUGCGACCAGUGCCUAAAGCUUUGAAUGUUGUGGAAGCGCUAAAUUUAAAGUGGGGUUUGGUUAAUGCCAGGUCAGUGGUUAACAAAACAUUUAUUUUGAAAGAAUUUUUUAUGACACAUACUUUGGAUGUGUUUUGUUUAACUGAGUCCUGGUUAACAUCUGAUGAAUGGAGUGCAGUAAAUGAGUUGGUACCAGCUGACUGUGUAUUUGUUAAUGUACCAAGAGUAUUUCGGCGUGGUGGUGGAUUGGCAGUAGUUUGUAAAGCUAAUUUACAAAUUAAACAACUUUACCCCACUUCUAUUUUCAGCACUUUUGAGCUGUGUUCAUUUGAACUUGGACAUUCAAGUCCGCUUUUCUGUGCAGUGAUCUACAGACCCCCGAGAUAUGAUAAGAAUUUUAUUCAAGAAUUUUCUGAGUUUCUAGCUGAAUAUGUCUUGAGAUAUGAUCAGAUUAUGUUACUUGGGGAUUUUAAUAUUCAUGUUUGCUGUCCGGGAAAGCCACUUGUUUCGGAGUUUAAUGAUCUGGUGAAUUCUUUUGGUUUAAAUCAGUCCGUUAGUGGGGCCACUCAGGAAAGUGGUCAUACAUUGGAUCUUGUGCUAUCAUUUGGGUUCAAUGUGACAAACUUGAUUAUUCAAGAUGCUGUGUUUUCGGAUCAUAAGCCUAUUUUAUUUGAUGUUAUAUUGCCUACAAAUGUUGUUAAAUCUGUUGCACCAGUAAGGCUUUGUCGUUCUUUUAGUCAAGAUACCCCAGCGAAGUUUUCAUCUUUAUUUAGUGAGGCGUUGACUUGUUUCCCAGAAUAUUCUUCAUCUGAUGGUCUGUUAAAUUAUUUUAAUAAGACUUGUAAAGAUAUUCUGGAUAUUGUUGCACCAUUACGCAUGAAGAAGAAAAGUUCAGUAGUAAAUUGGUGGUCAACGGACAUUACUAGAGCUGCAAGAAGGGAAUGUAGGAGAUGUGAAAGGCAGUGGAAAAAGAACAAACUUCAUGUGUUCUUAAUUGCCUUUCGGGAAAGUUGGAAGGCUUAUCAGGAUGUUGUAUUAUUUGCAAAGAGGACAUAUUAUUCUAAUCUUGUUAAUGUAAAUUCUCAUAACCUGCGGGUUUUGUAUGAUGUAAUUGAUUCUGUUCUUAAUGCACAAGAUUAUUUUCCAGUUCAGGCAUCAACUAUAGUGUGUAAUGAGUUUUUAAAAUUUUUUCUGGACAAGGUUUUGAGGUUGAGAUUGGCUGUAUCUGUAUGUUCUCUGCCGGAUACUUUUUUGUCCGUUUCGGAGAAAUUGUGUGUUUUUCAGCCAAUAACUUUGGUUGAUUUAACUAAAUUGAUGUCUGAAGUUAAGCCUAGUGGUUCUCCUGAGGAUGUUUUACCUCCUAGAGUUUUGAAGGAUGUGUUUUCAACAGUAGCUCCAGUUUUGUUGGAAAUAAUUAAUACCAGUUUGGUUUCUGGGGUUGUGCCUACUGAUUUUAAAAGAGCAAUCAUUCAUCCACUAUUAAAGAAACCUGGGCUUGAUGCAUCUGUACCGUCUAAUUAUAGGCCAAUCUCUAAGCUUCCUUUUUUAAGUAAAGUGAUGGAGAGAUGUGUCUAUGGCCAGUUGGUAGAUUUUCUAAAUGAAUAUAAUUUUUUGGAAAACUUUCAAUCUGGUUUUAAACCUAUGCAUAGUACUGAGACAGCUUUGUUAAAGGUUUUAAAUGAUGUUUUUCUUAUCACUGAUAGUGGAAAAUUUGUAUUGCUUGUUUUGUUGGAUUUAACAGCUGCCUUUGAUACAGUGGACCAUGAAAUAUUGUUGCAUCGUCUUGAGCAUUAUGUGGGAAUUACUGGUUUGGCUUUAAAUUGGUUCUGAUCUUACCUUCUAAACAGAAUGGUGUGUGUUCAGAUGGGUGGAUUUACAUCUGACUUUGCCCAUCUUCCUUGGGGUGUUCCGCAGGGUUCAGUAUUGGGACCUUUAUUGUUUUCUGUGUAUAUUCUGCCUUUGGGUGAUAUACUACGUAAACAUGGUAUUGAUUUUCAUUUAUAUGCUGAUGAUUGUCAAUUAUAUUUACCUUUGGAUGAGGCCGAUGGUCGUUCAAUUUCAAAGGUGUUAGAUUGUUUGUGUGAGGUUAAGGUAUGGAUGGUAGAAAACUUUUUGAGUUUGAAUGAAGGGAAGACAGAAGUAGUACUUUUUAGUCCUAGUCGCCAUGCUGAUUUUUCUAUGGUGGACUGUGGUGAAUUAACCUCUUAUUUGAAGGAUUCUGUUGUAAAUUUGGGAGUGAAGAUGGAUAAAGAUCUUUGUUUUAGGGGACAUAUAAAUGGGGUGGUGUCAUCUUCUUUUUAUCAGUUAAGGCGCUUGGCUAAGGUAAAACCAUUUUUGUCUAAAGGUGAUCUUGAAGUUGUUGUACAUGCAUUUAUAACCUCACGGCUCGAUUAUUGUAACUCUAUUUUAUUUGGAGUGAGCCAAGGUGCUUUAGCCCGUUUGCAGCUUGUCCAAAAUGCUGCUGGGAAAUUCUUGGAGGGCAAACGAAAGUUUGAUCAUGUAAUGCCUGUAUUGGCGGCAUUACAUUGGUUACCUGUUUUUUUCAGGAUUCGUUUUAAAAUUUUGUUAUUGGCCUUUAAAGCUCUAAAUGGUUUGGCGCCAGCAUAUUUGGCAGAUACACUUCCAGCUUAUGUUCCCAAUCGGGCACUUCGGUCAGAAGAUCUGUCUUUACUUGUGGUUCCCCGGGCACGACUAAAGAUGAGGGGUGAUAGAGCUUUUUCAGUUGCAGCUCCAAAACUUUGGAAUGAGCUUCCGUUAUAUAUUCGAUAGUCUUCUUCUGUGACAAUUUUUAAGCAAAAUCUUAAAACUUAUUUUUAUGAAUUGGCCUUUAAUGAGGUGAAAUGA